CAACCAGUGACUGUUUGACAGUGGUAGGCGGUAGCUAUCAACUGUAAUAUAACUACAACUACACAAUAUUAGAAAUACGAAUGUGCUCACAAUAUUGACACUAACAUCAUAGUUGGACUAUUUCGUUACUUGUGUUAUGAACAGUGAGAACAUUUAGAUUAUCAAGAAGUGGUUGUGUUUCGCUCAUUGUGAUACUUCGAGAAUUUAAGGAAUCGUUCAAACAUUAUGUUCAUGAAGUGAUUUAUUCGGUUCGAUACUAUUCAGCAGAUCAUUAGUGCCGUUAAGUGUCUACUGGAAGGAUUCUUUCUGAAAUGUCUCAAUUUCAGAGACGUGAAGAAUUACAUUACUAAUAAAUUAUUUUCGAUUGUAGUUGUUAAGUGUAAAGUAAACUGUGGUGAAAUAUUAAUUCGUUUCGAAAAUGCGCUGAUGGAAUACAAUUCUUGGUGUACGGUCCUAUUCAAUGGACACAUUGUGCUAUCGUAUAUUUUGUUUAAAUCAUAAUGUCGGGAACUCAUAUGAAUAACGAUCAAGAGCAUAAAUCGCCAAGGGAAAGUGGCGAGGAUUCUGAGGACGAAAGUGAAAUUUUGGAAGAAAGUCCCUGUGGAAGAUGGCUCAAAAGGAGAGAAGAGGUGGAACAGAGAGAUGUCCCUGGCAUCGAUUGCGCCUACCUGGCCAUGGACACCGAAGAAGGGGUAGAAGUGGUCUGGAACGAAGUCCAAUUUUCGGAACGUAAGAAUUUCAAGAAUCAGGAGGAGAAGAUCCAGUUGAUCUUCGAGAAUCUCACCCAGUUGGAACAUCCGAAUAUCGUCAAGUUCCACAGAUACUGGACGGACACACACAACGACAAGCCGAGGGUCAUCUUCAUAACGGAAUACAUGUCUUCGGGCUCCCUCAAGCAGUUCCUAAAAAGGACCAAACGUAACGUGAAGAGACUCCCUUUACAGGCCUGGAAGAGGUGGUGCACACAGAUCCUCUCAGCCCUAAGUUACUUGCAUUCCUGUUCGCCACCAAUCAUCCACGGCAAUCUGACCUGUGAUACGAUAUUUAUACAGCACAAUGGCCUCGUCAAAAUCGGAUCAGUGGCUCCUGAUUCCAUCAAUCAUCAUGUUAAAACAUGCCAGGAUAAUUUCAAAAAUAUGCAUUUCAUCGCUCCAGAACACCCUAGUAAUAUGGGACCUCCCAUGGAUAUCUACUCCUUCGGAAUGUGCGCUCUGGAAAUGGCAGCGUUGGAAAUCUUCGGCAACGGAGAUUCUGGCAACAAGGUGACGGAGGAGAACAUCAAGAAGACGAUAGAAUCUCUAGAAGAUGAACAGCAGAAGGACUUCAUACAGAAGUGCCUACAGACGGAACCGCAGGACAGGCCCACGGCCAAGGAUCUACUGUUCCACUCGCUGCUCUUCGAGGUGCAUACGCUUAAGCUGCUAGCCGCCCAUUGUUUGGUUAGAAAGUCCGCCAACAUUUCCGAAACCAUAACGGAUGAGCUGAUGCAGAGGUGGUAUGGACCCGAUGUUAUAGUUGCAGAAGUUAGGAGGGACGGACAAGACCCCGUCCAGAUGAAAAUGGCCGAUGUCCAGAAUACGGAAAAGCUAGAAAAAUUCGUCGAGGACGUCAAGAACGGCAUAUACCCCUUGACGGCCUUUGGUGCGAAACUGCCUCCCCCGCCCAGAUCCAGGGCUAUUUCUCCGGAAAUGGCCGAAUCUGUGAAAUCUGUGACCCCAGAGCCCGUAGACAUAGAAAAUAGGAAGAUAAUUAAUAUGAUGUGCGAUGUUAAAUCCAAAGAAGAAACCUGUGAUUUAGUUUUGACAAUUGUGCUAAGGAUGGAUGAUAAAAUGAAUAGGCAAUUAACAAGUUGUAUAUCUCCUUCGGAUAGUCCAAAGGAGCUAGCUCAAGAACUCGUUCAUUAUGGAUUCAUAAACGAGGUUGACCGUGAUAAGAUAGCAAGUCUGAUCGAAGAAUCUAUGCAAAACCAGUGUCCCGCAUCUCUCCACAACAGCCCGGUUCAUCACCAGAACAACAACACCGUGAGCUUUCAUUCCAUGACGCCUGCUACCCUAGACUUAACGACAGCGAACGGCGUCGCUGUCACGCAACAGCCCCCCAACCUAGCGACGCCCCCCAUAGGUAUAGUUAACUCGACCCCCCAUCCAGCUUCAACGCAAGUGCCCAUGCAUACCACUAGUUAGUAAAAGGGGGCCCGAAGUAACUUAGACUAGCCAUUUCUGUUCCGCGUUGGAAGGUCGUGGAUACUAGAGGUAAAAUAAGAAAUAGUUCACAGACGGUGUUCCCCUCUCGAAUUAAGACUAUUUACUUUACGCUCUGAAUGAGAUUGGAGUCAGCUUUACUUGGCUGGUGAUGAAGUAUUGAAUUUUUUGUGGACUUCUUAUUGUUCCUUUCUAAAACCACCCAAAAUUGGGAUAAUGUGUAGGUUUCUCCCCCAUGUAAUCGUCAAGUCAACAUUUUUAAGAUUAAAGUUCUUAUCUGAUACAACUGGUUUGAUUUUUCUUGAAAGUUUGAUACAAUCACAACCUUUUUUCGGCUGGAACGGAAAUACUUCAAAAAUUAGUUACUUGAACUGAGCACCCAAAAUUAUGUUUAUAUCGAUUAGCCCUUUUGAAAAGAAACAACACUUCAGAUAACUAGAGAACUCCAAUCUCACUAGUUAUUGAAAAUGCUAAAAUACUAUUCCUAGAUCUCGAAAUUUUCAUGUCGCUUCAUGAAGUGAUCGAAAAUUUCCUGAAAUGUUCCAUUAUGAUGUUGAAUAAUCGUUCGCAAUCAUGUUUUGGCGUUAAAACUGUGGCCAUCAUCAAUUGAUUGUUAAUCUUGGCUUAACAUCCAUCGCUGGCUAUGGGUUUGAAACAAAGUCAAGAAAGAUUAAACAAACGUUUUAAUCAGUUAGUUCCAUUUGGUGUUUUACUAGUUAAAAUACUUGACUGGAUAUUCUGAUGAACAUUUUCACUGAUGAAAUUUUCAUGAAAGUCUGUUUUGAUGUCAAAACGUGAAUCGGCAUUUUCAUCUAGAGAGCCACCGCUUUCUCUUAUUGAAAACUUUCUAUUGAAAUGUGGAGUUGUUUCUGAUUGAUGAAAAUUUAUAUAGGCUGUUGGAAGACUGUAAAAUUCUGGACAAUUUGCUAGUCAUGUGAACAUGUAUGUAUUCUGUGAUCGGAGCUCCAAUGGACUGUUUUUUAUUAAAUAUUGAUAGUUUUGUAGGUUUCAUACUAUAUAUGUGAUCUGUUUCCUGUACAUUAUAAUUUUAUUAACCGGAAAUCACAUAGCUCCCUUGUUAAACGACUGAAAUCGUCUCUGAGGAAUAAUUCCUUUGAAAAUUAUCAUUUGUGUUGUGUUCCUAAGUAUUUUUACAAUUCCCAAACAUCUCUUCAUAAUUUUUCACCAUGAGAUUUUCCUCUGAGGAGAUUUCCUGGCUUCAGCUUGUGUUAUGUUCAAUACUCGUGCUGCAAAUGUUUUCUUGUUUGCCCUUGAGACUGAUGUAUUUAUAUAUAUAUAGGCAUAUUGUAGUGAUAGUCAAAAGUGAAACCAGGGCAGGACCAAUUCUAAACUGGUAUGGUUAGAACCUUUGGUCACAUAGAAAAAUGGCAUGUCUUAAUUAAAUUAAUUUAUUCCUCCUCAAAAGGGUGUCUAAAUAUUUUUAAAUAUAUCUAUUCCUUCUGGUUAAAAGGAAGACUUCCGAUCUUUCCAAAAAUGAUGCUUUUUAGACGAUUAAUUUUUUUAAGACAUGCUGCAGUGGAGAUGAUUUGUAAAUAAUGAAGGAAAGUUGUAGAUAAAUAUUAGUUUUUUUAUUCAGAAAGAGAACCCAUAAAAGUUAUAAUUUAUUGUACCACUAGAGAGUUAGAGAGCUCUGUUGGAAGUCCUGUGUGAUGUUACGCUCAAAAUCCAAUAAGUCUAGAAAUAUCUUUUUAAGUUUGAAGGAGUCUGAGAAAACUUUAAUUCUUGUACUUGAUAUGUACGAUUCUUGAAAUAUUCUUCCUAGUAAAAAUCUUUUUCACUCCUUUAAACCUCUAAUUUCUAAUGCCUACUACUGUUUUAAAUUCUUCUAAACAUUUCAAUCCUUCAGAGUACAGAAUGAACGAAUAUGUAGUCUAAUUUGGGACGGUAACACAUUUAUUACCACGUAUUGCGAGGCUUCACAAAACCCACAGUUUUCAAAUACAAUGUAUUGUUCUUCCUGGAGUGAAUCAAACAUGCAGAUUCCAAGUUUGCCUUGAAAAACUGAUAAAAAGAUUCCGAAAUUGAAAAUACGUUUUUUAUAACUUCGACAACAGUACUCAAUUUUAGAAAAAAAAUCCCUAUACUCCUCUGCAUGGUUGUUCAAAUAAUUUUUGCUCAUAUUGAGCAGUCAGUUAUCAGAAACGUCAUAAACAGAAAAAAAGUUGCAUUUAUAGCUUCGCUGAAAUGAAUUUGCCAUGAUGAAAUUAUAACUAUUUGAAAUCUGAGCAUCCCACAUAAAACAUUAACAUUCAAAAUAUUUAAAAUGUUUGACAGAUUCAAAGGUGCAUUAAAUUGUUGAAUAUUUUAUUUAUUUAAGAUGUAAAAUGACUCAUAAGCUAGGUGGUAAUUUUUAUUUUACAUUAUCAUCAAUUUGAAAUUACCCCAUAAGUUAAUUGUAUUAUAUUAUUAUAGUAAUAUAUCACAGGCUGUUUAACUGUAUACCCAAUUUAAAUUAAAUUGAUUGAAAAUUAUGCCUUCUGUUAAUUUCUUUAAAUCUUGUAUAUCUUCAUUUUUAUGUCACAAAAAUAUUCAUUUUUAUGUUAUAUAUUUUUUCUAGUUCUGAUUAUUCUUUGUAUGCCAUUUGAAAUAUAAUAAAAGCAUUCAUAUGUU